GCGGAUGUGGGCAAUUGUGCACGCAAAACUGGGCGUGUGUUUUGGCGCCUUCCCGCACUGAAGCCUUUCCAACGAACAGGAUUUCUAUUUUCUCUUUUUUCUGGUCAAGUAGUUUCUUAGUUUACUUUUAGCAGGCAGGCUAAGAUGUCUCACACGGUCAGCCCGACCAGCACCGGCAGGACCUCCGCGUCCGACGGCGUCUUCAACCUGGGAUACAUCCGAACCAUCCCGGGACUGCUCAAGAUGGCCCAGAUGGUGGCGCUGCUGAUCACCUUCCUGUGCGUGCACUGUGCACGGGGCUGGCCCAACUGGGCGGCGUUCCAGUACUUUGAGGUGGUGGCCGUGUGGUUCUUGGUGGUGCUCCUGGUCUUCUUCCUCAUGCACCUGUGCCGGCUGCAGGCCAAGAUGGGCUGCAUCAAUUGGCCGCUCACCGAAUUCUUCCACUACUCCGUGGGUACGGUGCUGAUCUGCAUCGGCUCCAUCGUGGCGGCGGUGAAGAGUGGAGGAGUGUCCGCCCUGGUGGCAGCCUCUGUGUUUGGUUUCAUCACAACCUUCCUGAUGGCGGUCAGCUUGUGGACAUCUUAUAGUGUUUCCUGUGGACCACACCACACUGGCGCUGCGGUGUAAUGGCCAGAAACAUGAUUGGCUGCCUCUGGACCCAACUCACUUUUCUGCCUCGCGACCUGCCAACAUGUCAACGUGAUUGGAUGAGCCUUGGGAGCUGAGAAGCUGAUGAGGAGUAUCUUGUUUAAAAAAAAAAAAAAAAAAUCGGAAUGUUGGCGGUGAUUCAGUGUCACCUUCACAUCGAUGUUACAUGACAAGAACAAAAGGUGCGAACAAUAGCUAGUCAACUUUGUGACUCAAUUUCCCAUCAUUUGUUCUGCUGGAUGAAACUAUCGCUUUAUUGUUUGCUUUCUUAAACGGCGAUAAUGAUAGAGAGCAACACCCUUUUUUGCCUGCUGCAUGCCAAAACAACCCGCCUGUCCCUUUUUCAUUGAAUUUUUCAGUUCAUUUAACGCUGAAGCACUGUUUCCGCCUCAUCGGCCUUGCUCGGCUAAAGAGAUGUUAGCAUUCAAAAUGCUAACAUUGCAAACAAAUGCAAUGCUGAUUGCUGAACCACCUAUAGAGUCAUUGUCAAAUACGCGACGCUCGGGAGAAGUAUUAGCAUUUAGGAUGCUAACCUCGCAUGCCAAGAGGUGCAUGCUAAGUGUUAGCAUUUCAUGUUUAACCGAAUUCAUUUUCAUCAUUCACAGUAUUACGCGACAGCGAGCUAAUGAAGUAUUAGCGCUUGGUGUGCUAAAACUGCAAACAGACACGACACAGAACCACUUUUCGUAAUCAGCCACGCGCCACGCUCGGCUAAAAAUACAUUAGCAUCAAGCAUGCUAACCUCGCAAACAGAUCAGAGGCUGAACCACCACCACCAGCCACGCCAGGCUAAGGAAAUGUUAGCAUGUAUGUAUGCUAACUUACACUAGCCUAAUAUAACGUGUUAGUGUGCCAACGAUUACCUCCCUACGGGUUACAUGCACACGCAAGCUGCCGUCACGGCAACAGGCGGGCCAGCGUGCACGGUGCUAGUCUUUCAACGUACGUACCACCAAUGAGUUAAAGUUUACACAACGAUGAUGAUUACAGUGAUGAUCACAAAAACACGUGAAAGCACAUACACACUCAAGUCAACAGACUGUUAACAAUAACAACACCUUGGACGUUUAUAUUCAGUCGCAGUCAUGUUUGUGUGCCAGCUCGCAUCAUGUGACCUGCUUGUGCUCUGUGACCAGUCACAUGCUCUCACUGACUUUUAUGUCAAAAUCAUUUGCGUGUAUAUACUAUUAGUAUAAGAUAUAUUUUAGGAGUCCCCAACAUAACUCCACAAAUACAAAACUCCCAAAGUAGCGCUCGUGGGAAUCUUUGGGGGAAAAAAUAAGCCCCCACUACCUGUUUGAUCAGUAUAAUGUCCACAAAAAAAUGGGUGGACAUGUCUAUCAACUAUUUCAAGGACCCAUGACAGAAAUUGAACAGGAAGUGGGACAUUUUGGAGUGAAGCAGCCUUCCUCAAGUCAUUUUAGCCAGUGAUCAAAUUUGAAAAUCCAGCCUCUGACAACAGUCCCACCGAUCACCAUGAAAUUUGGUGGCCAUGUCUAUCAUAACAGAAGAAAUGGGAAAAGUUUCAAGCACCCAUGCCUGAAAUUGAACAGGAAGUCACCCAUUUUGGUUUGGGGCAGACACUUUGAGGCCAAUCCCCUCAGUCGUGUCAAUUGGAAACUUGAAUAAAUAACUAAACCAGCCCUCGACACCAGUUUCAGUGACGGACACAAAAUUGGGUCUGCCAAAACAGAAAAGGAAGAAGUACCCAGACCUGAAAUUCAACAGGAAGUGAGUCAUUUCAAUUUGAAGAAGACAUUUUCAGGAAAUCCUCUCAGUAUUGCUCCGUGGAUGGGCCAUUUUGAUUUGAAACAGCCACUUUGGGAGCGCACGUUACCUAAACUCAUACUUGGGGAAUCGCCCAAAUUGAAAUCAAAUGAAAAGCCGGUACCUUAGACAGAUGGGCAACACAAAAUUGCCAUGAUUUUUUUUUUUUGCCUUCAACAUUUAAUAUAGACAGAGCAUCACAAUGUGAUAUCAGAGCAUUUUGGAGGAUUCGCUGUGAAAAAGCAGGUGCGAGGUUCAUGGAUAUCUGCAGUUUUUAUUUAUUUUUGUUUCCUUAGCAGGACAAUUGGAUGUCCUUUUGAAUCUGAAAAGAAAUACAAGACUGUCCUUACAAGCUCACGUUCAAGUAACAACAUUAGCCACAUAGCAUGUUGUCACUCAAUGUAAUUACACACGCUAGCUGUUAGCCACUGCUGUAUACAAAUCAUUUGUAUUAUGCUGGUUUUACACUUUUUUUUGAAGGGGAAAAAAACGUGGAACUUGUUUUUAUGAGUAAUAUGAACUUUUAUUUAUGACGGAAUGUUUCAGUGUUUGCACAUGCGUCAAAUUUUGCCAAAAAAAAUAACAGUUUGAAUGUUUGGGAAGUGGAGGGUGACAAACAUUUCCUGCCUACCUGUUGAUAGCAAUUCAAAAUUCCCAAAGUGACAAUAAUGUAUCCCGAGAAAAAUAAGAUGUAUUAAAAACUGUGAUUGUAUUCUACCUUAACAAACAUAUUUAUAUCCUACCAUCCAGUGAAUGUUCGAAUCCUGCUGCAACCUUUGUUUUUUUUUAAUGCUAAUUAUUAUGAUUGUUUAGUUUUUGUGUACACAUCGUCUUAAAAACAGAAUUGCUCUUUUUGUAGCUUCACCUUUUCCUAAAGUGCCUUAAUGUGCCACUCGAUGGAGCAGUUCACUCUGUCGCGGCGAGCUGGCCUGAAGCUCAGAAAUAAAGGAGCACAGUAUUUACGUGUGCUUUCAAGUUUUUUUUUCAAGGUUGACAUUGUGAUGCGCUGUAUGUUGUCAAUUAAACCAUUGUUGCACCAA